AAUGAUUCGCUUUGCAAGGCGUAUGCAAAAAUUCUGCAAAUCUGCAGACAUUUUUGAUGUCGCUGUGAUUGGAGGAGGAUCAGGAGGGUUAGCAUUUGCACUUGUAAUUUAUUUUAAAGAUAAAUUAGGAAGGUGCCAAAUUAGGAUUAAAGAUUGCAGUGUUUGACUAUGUCACCCCUUCAAGUCAAGGUUCAAUAUGGGGAUUAGGAGGAACUUGUGUAAAUGUUGGAUGCAUUCCAAAAAAGUUAAUGCAUCAAAGUGCUAUAAUUAAAGAGAACAUUGAAGGUUCAACUCCUUAUGGAUGGACUCCAAGCGAAUAAGAAUAAGUGAAUUGGGAAAUCUUAGUAGAGAACAUUCAGAAUCACAUUAAAGGACUUAAUUAUGGUUAUAAAUAGAAUUUGUAAAAAUCUGGAAUUCUUUAUUUGAAUGAAUUAGCUACUUUUAAAGAUAACCACACUUUAUAAUAUGGUAAAAUGGAUGAUUUUAAAUCAAAUGAUAUAAAUAAAUUAAGAGAAUUGAAAUUCAAAUACUGUGUGAUUAGUACAGGUGGACGCCCAACUAAAUUAUAAUCGAUUUAAAAAUAUGCAAUAACAUCUGAUGAUAUUUUUUCAUAAACAAAACCACCAGGCAAAACUCUUGUUGUUGGUGGUGGAUAUAUUGCUUUGGAAAGUGCAGGAAUGUUAAAAGGAUUAGGUUAUGAUGUAACAUUAAUGACAAGAGGAAAGUACCUUAGGGAAUUUGAUCAAGAUGUUGUGAAAAUGAUACUUGAACAUUAUCAAAAAUAUUUAAGUGUGAAUAUAGUACCUGAAUCAUUACCGUUCCAUUCUGAAUUAAAAGAUGAUAAAAUUUUAGUUAAAUGGAAGUCUACUAUAAAUUCAUAAGAAGACGCUGGCAUUUUUGAUACUGUCCUUAUGGCAAUUGGUCGAUAAGCCAACACCUAAAUGCUUAACUUAGAUAAAUUAGGUAUCAAAGUGAAUCCAAAUAACAAUAAGGUAAUAAUAAAAACAUAAUUCAGAUUUUUGGUAAUUAAAAUGGAGAAGUUGAAAGAACUGAAGUUGAAAAUAUAUUUGCUAUUGGAGAUGUAUUAAAUGGGAUUCCAGAAUUAACUCCAAUUGCUUCAAAAAGUGGUUAAUUAUUAGCCAAAAGAAUAAAACUUUUGAUUAAAGGGUCAUAUUCAUAAAAAGAAUAUGAAAGUACUAAAUUAGAAUACAACGAUUAUCCAACAACCGUUUUCACUCCUCUAGAAUAUAGUUUUGUUGGUUUUAGUGAAGAAUAAGCAAGGUCCAAAUUUGGAGAAAUGAAUAUCGAAAUCUAUCAUUCUAAAUUUGUUUCUUUGGAAGAACAAUUAUGUGAUAAGCUUGAUGAAAAUUAUGAACUAUUGUAAAGAAAGGUGUAUGUCAAAGCUAUAUGCAAUGUAUCUGAUAACAAUAAAGUUGUUGGAUUACAUUACCUCGGACCAAAUGCUGGGGAAGUAAUGUAAGGAUUUGCUGUUGCAAUCAAAUUGGGAAUGAGAUUAGAUGAUUUAUAAAGAACAGUAGGGAUUCAUCCAACAAAUGCUGAAGAAUUUGUCCUUCUUAAAGUUACUAAAUCUUCAAAAGCAGACUUUGAAAAGCAUGGAUGCUGAGCUU